AUGCAUGUGUUACUGUAUCAUUGUGAAAGAGCUCUAUUUGACGCAGCCGAUGAGUUGAUGGGUGUCGGAUUGAAUGAACUUUUUAUGCAACAGCAGCAGCAGCAACGACAACAACAAUACGCUGCUGCAGCCGCUGCGGCUGCAGCUGCAGCUGCAGCAGCUGCCAAUCAACAAGCCGUUUAUGUAGAUGGCAUUGGACGCAUCGUACAGGGUCCGGCGUCUGGAUCCGCUCAUCUGAUGCAACAACAACAGCAACAGCAU